UGCGCAGGCGCGGUGCGGGCGGGAAGAUGGCGGCCGGGUUCAAAACUGUGGAACCCCUGGAGUAUUACAGGAGAUUUCUGAAAGAAAACUGCCGUCCUGAUGGAAGAGAACUUGGGGAAUUCAGAACCACAACUGUCAACAUAGGCUCCAUCAGCACGGCGGACGGCUCUGCCCUCGUGAAGCUGGGGAACACCACAAUCGUCUGCGGAGUGAAAGCAGAGUUUGCAGCACCACCACUAGAUGCUCCUGAUAGAGGAUAUGUUGUUCCUAAUGUGGACCUACCACCGCUGUGUUCGUCGAGGUUUCGGACUGGACCUCCUGGAGAAGAGGCCCAAGUAGCCAGCCAGUUCAUUGCGGAUGUCAUUGAAAACUCACAGAUAAUUAAGAAAGAGGACUUAUGCAUCUCUCCAGGCAAGCUUGCUUGGGUCCUAUACUGUGACCUUAUUUGCCUAGACUACGAUGGAAAUAUUUUGGAUGCCUGCACGUUUGCUUUGUUAGCAGCUCUAAAGAAUGUACAGUUGCCUGAAGUAACUAUAAAUGAAGAAACUGCUUUAGCAGAAGUUAAUUUAAAGAAGAAAAGUUAUUUGAAUGUUAGAACAACCCCAGUUGCAACUUCCUUUGCUGUGUUUGAUGACACUUUGCUGAUAGUUGAUCCUACUGGAGAGGAAGAACACCUGUCAACAGGAACCUUAACAAUAGUAAUGGAUGAGGAAGGCAAACUGUGUUGUCUUCACAAGCCAGGUGGGAGUGGACUUACUGGAGCUAAACUUCAGGACUGCAUGAGUCGAGCAGUUACGAGACACAAAGAAGUGAACAAGCUACUAGAUGAAGUCAUUCAGAGUAUGAAACACAAAUGAAGCCACCACAAUUGCAAAACAGAUGUAAAAACUUUAUUUAUUACACUGUGCACAGGCUUUUUAUACUAAAUAAAUACCAAACUACAUUCUUUUGGAAGAUA